AAAAAAGAAAGAAGAAAAUGGAGAAUCAUUCAUAUGUAUAAUGCGAAUGAUAAUAUUUUAAUUAUUUCACAAUCACAAAACUUAUCAGAGAAAACAUAUAAAAAUGAUAUUAGAGAAAUCUUUGAUAAUUCUCUUUACCAUUCUGAUGAAAUAUCAGAAACUGACAUCAAAAAA